AUGGGAAGAAUAUUAUUUUUAUUAAAAAAUGUAAACAAAAUAGAGAAAAGAUAUUUCACAAAUAAAUCCAAUAUAUAUUAUCAUAAUGAAUCUCAAAAGAAGGAAAUUAUUGUAUUGCACCCUAUAUUAAAAAGAAGUAAAAAUAAUUCUAACAAAUUAUUUCAAGAGAUAAUUUAUGAUGCUCAAGAGGCUUUAGGCUUAGCAAAAUCAGCCAACUUCCAAAUUGCCAAAGGUAUAUCUAUGCCUUUAGGGGGAUGGUAUUUAAAAAAUGAAAAAGAAAAAAAAAACGAUCAGAAAAAUGAUAAAAUUGAUAAAUCUCAAGUACCCAAAAAAGAAUUAUCACAAAAUAAUGAACACCAUCAUGUUUUUGAAAAAAGAGAAAAAGAAAUUCCCAAUGAAAUAGCUUUUACUACUGAUAAAUCAUCAAGUAAAUAUAUUAAUUAUGACGAAAUUGAACGUAAAGUUGCUGAAUCUAUUUUAAUUAAAGUUAAUCAUAUAGACAAUAAAUUUUAUUUUAGUAAAGGUAAAUUAAAUGAAUUAUCAAAAUAUUAUUUGAAAAACCCAACACCAUGCAUUUUUAUCAACACCUUAUUGUCACCUGAACAAUUUCGCAACUUGGAGUUUUUAUUUAAUAGCUUGUUAAAAAGUUAUCAAGAUGAACUUAUAUUAAAUAACAAAAGACAAUGUGAUAACUCUGAUAUGUAUGAAAGGGUGUCGGAUGUUAAAUUUGAUAAUUGUGAUAGUGAUGACAUAAUAAUUGAUAAUAGUUCGUAUUGUCUAGAUGCGUAUAAUAAUUUUUUAGAUAAGGAAGAUGAGCAAUGUGAUGAUGUGGACCUCGAACAAAAUAUGAAUGUAUUAAAUGAGCACAUAGGAGAUACAUCUUGCGAACAAACAAAUGAUUUCCCAUACGAACAAAAAAAUGAUAUCCCAUACGAACAAAAAAAUGAUAUCCCAUACGAACAAAAAAAUGAUAUCCCAUACGAACAAACAAAUGAUAUUCCAUACGAACAAAUAAGUGAUACACAAGAAUGUUCUAAAAACAUACCAAUGUACGUAGAACUAUUCGACAGGUAUAGUAUCAUUUUAUAUAUUUUAAAAAGCAGAGCAAAAAACAAUUUAAGCAAAUUACAACUCGAAUUAGCUAGAGCAAACUUUGUUUUAAAUACUUAUUCAGAAGAUAGUAAAUCAAGAAUAAAAUACAUAAAGUAUAUAGAAAAUAAUGUAUUAGGAGGUUCAUGUAUCGAUUAUGAAGAGAAAUAUACCAAGUUGAAUUUUUUUACUGUAGGUAAACAGAAUAAAAACUCCAAUGUGAAUUUUUCGGGAUAUACGAGUAAUUAUAUAAAAAGUAAUGAAACUUAUAAAGAAUAUGAAAAAAGAAUUAUAAAUAAUUUAUAUAGUAAAUUAAAAAAGGAAUUAAUAAAAUGUAAAAACAAUAUGAUUUUACAAAAUAAUUCUAGAAAACAUAAAGCUAUAAUAGCUAUUGUAGGAUAUACUAAUGUUGGAAAAACAAAAUUAAUUAAUUAUUUAACAAAAUCAAAUUUAAAAGCUAGAAAUUUAUUAUUCCAAACAUUAGAUAAUGCUUAUAAAAAUUUAAAUAUAUCUACAUGUUAUUCCACUAUUUUUGUAGAUUCCAUAGGUUUUAUACAAAACAUACCAUAUUCAUUAUAUGAAUCUUUUAAAAUAUCCUUAGAAGCUAUAAAAACAGCUGAUGUUAUUAUACACGUUAUUGAUGUCAGUCAUCCAUAUAAAGAUAAUCAUAAAAAGUGUGUUCUUGAAACUUUAAAUAAAAUAGGUAUAUCUGAUGAAUUUAUAAAAAAUAAUGUAAUAGAAGUAUGGAAUAAAAUUGACAAAUUAACAGAUAAUGAAUUAUAUACUUUAUGUAAGAAUAAACCAAAAAAUGCCUUACCCAUUUCAGCAAAAUAUGGCACAAACUGUAAUUAUCUUAUUCAAAUUAUUGAACAUUUAAUUAAUCAAAUUAAAGAUGUUCAUAUAUUAAAUUUACAAUUCCCAACCAGUGAAGCAAAAGAAAGAAUUGAUUUUCUUAUGAAAAAUUAUAAAGUAGUUCCUCAUUCUAUAUCUUAUUCAGACGAUGGAAACACAACCUUUAUAAAAUUGGUUGAGAAUAAAUCUAAUUUAAAAAAGUACUAUGAAAAAUUUGAAAUUAAAGAAACAUACAAGAGUGAUAAUUGA